AUGGUGGCCAAGCGCCGGGGCCUUGGGGGUACAGUGCAAAAGUCGGAUCUGAAGAGCGCCGGGAUCAAGCACCAGGUUUUUGGUGUGCCACAAAACCCAGGCCGCGACCCCGGCAAGUCCCCAAAGACGGAGGUGCAGGAGGCCCUCAAGGCGUUGCAGGCUGGGGAUGAAGAGGCGGUGGAGAAGCUGAUGCGAAGAGAGAGCGAGGCGCCGGUAUCGGAGGAGUGGCAGCGCCGCUACUGCGACGGCGCAAGAGCUUACUGGGAUCACUUCUACCGGGAGCGGACAGUGAACUUCUUCAAAGACCGCCACUAUUUGCGGGAGGAGUUUGCGGACCUGAUGCCGGAGGAGGUCCUGGCGGAUCCCAAGCGCUGGGUGGAUGAGCUCGAGGUGGGGCAGGGCCCUUUGGACGCCGAAUCGGACCUGGAGAAGCUGAAGGCGGCUCUGCAGAAGAAGACGGUGCUCUUGGAGCUGGGUUGUGCUGUGGGCAACGGGUUGAUCCCGAUGCUGAGGGCCAAUCCGGACCUCUUCGGCCUCGGCUGCGACCUCUCCGCGGAGGCGGUGCGGCUGCUCCGAGACAAGGAGGAAUAUCGCUGCGGGCGCUGCUUGGCUUUUCCUUGCGACAUUACCAAAGGACCGCAGGAGCAGCCGACCUCGGAGCACCGCAGCUUAGAGGACCAGGUGCCCGAGGCGUCUGUGGACUUUGCCACGCUGCUCUUCGUGCUCAGCGCGGUCUGCGGCCAGGACGCCGCCAGCUGCCGCCGCGCACUGGAAGCCUCGAACGGCGACGUGGACGCGGCCGCUGCGGCGCUGCUGUCGAGCCCGGCGCCCGCAAGCCAUGCGGGCUACGUGGGCGGCAGCCAAGCUGGCGAGGGCCCGCUGGCGCUGCUGCUGGCCAUGGGCUACCCGCAGAGCCGCGCGCAGCAGGCGCUGGCGGCGGCGGGGAACGACGUGCAGCGCGCCGUGGAGUGCCUGGAGGCCGAGGCGGCGUCCUCUUCGGAGAACGACGGCGGCAUUUGCGGGGUUUGCGCCAUCUGUACAGAGCCGCUGCAGCCCCGCGACGCCGCCAUGCGCUGUGCCGGCCGAGGGGGAGGCCACCACUACGGGCACGCGGCCUGUCUGGGGCAGUGGGUGGAGCAAUGCCGGGCGCGGCAGCAGGAGCCCAGCUGUCCGGAGUGCCGGGGUCCGCUGCAGCUGAGACGCCGGCGGAUCCAGGAUUUCCUGCAGGAGCCUGCCAGCAAGCGGGCGCCGCAGCAAACGCAGGUCUUGAGGGAAGUGCUGGAGCGCGUGCCGGAUGGCGACGAGUGGCAAGACGUCGACUGGUGCCAGGUGGCGGGCUUUGCCGCCCUGGUGGCCGGCGGGCUGCUGGCUGCGGGCCUCUUUGCGGGGCUGCUGAUCCAGGACAAGAAGCGACAGGACCGGGACCGACAGGAGGGCUAG